GUGGCAGGGCAGCUGCAACAGAAGAUUCGGCGUCUGAUCUCUAUGAAGAGUCCUUCAAGCGCCCGCCAGCAUAACAGCAAGUUCAUAACUGCUGGCAACAUGGAGGCAAUAAGGACGUCUGUGGCUGUUUUUAUCUUGGCGUCUUGUCUUUACAGCAGUGGUGCCCAGAAAACAGUGUGCACCCAGGAGGCAGUGGCUGACAUUGUGUUCCUGGUGGACGGCUCCUGGAGCAUUGGCACAGAGAACUUCCAGCAGAUACGUGCCUUCCUGGUCUCAUUGGUAGACAGCUUUGACGUGGGCCCGGACCAGGUUCGGAUAGGUCUGGUUCAAUACAGCACUGAACCUGUCACCGAGUUCCUUCUGAAUGCCUACACAGACAAGCAGGAGAUUCUGCAGCACAUUCAGAACCUGCCCUACAGGGGCGGUGGCACCAAGACCGGGCUGGGCCUGGAGUUCAUGCUUUCCCAGCACUUUGCAGAGAGGUUUGGUAGUCGGGCCAAUGAGGGGGUCCCACAGUUUGCAGUGGUCAUAACAGACGGACAGUCCCAGGACAACGUUAAGCAGCCAGCAGAGAUGGUGAAGAGACGUGGCAUCACACUGUAUGCUAUCGGUAUCAAAGAUGCAGUGCUGGAGGAGCUGCAAGAGAUUGCCAGUGACCCAGAUGAUAAGCAUGUCUACAGUGUGUCUGACUUUGCUGCUCUACAAGGCAUCUCCCAGAGUGUCAUUCAGGUGCUCUGCACCACAGUGGAAGAAGCCAAGCGUCAGAUUGCCCAGGUGUCCCAGGAGUGUAGAAAGGCCACCAUGGCAGACAUUGUGUUUCUUGUGGAUAGCUCCUCAAGCAUUGGCCCUGAUAAUUUCCAGCAAAUUAGGAUUUUUCUUCAUGACUUUGUGGAUGGCCUCGAUGUGGGAAUUAACAAAGUGCGUAUAGGACUGGCCCAGUUCAGCAGUGAGCCUCACCAGGAGUUUCUCCUGGGAGAGCAAAUGGAGAAAAGGGUUCUCUUGGAGCAGAUAGACAAAUUGAAAUACAGGACGGGGGGCACCCAAACAGGAAAAGCCCUCCAGUUUCUCCAGUCUACCUACUUCACUGAGGCUGGGGGUAGCCGGGCUAGUGAGAAUGUCCCACAGAUCGCUGUGGUGAUCACAGAUGGGAGCUCCACUGAUGAAGUUGAGGCUCCUGCUCAGGAACUCAGGAAGCAGGGUGUCAUCAUCUUUGCCAUUGGAAUUAAGGAUGCUGAUAAAGAAGAGCUUGAGAAGAUUGCCAACAGCCCACACAAGCAUUUCCUUAUCAACAUUGAUAGCUAUCAGGCACUGCAGCGGCUUACUCAGAGUUUCCUGCAGACUGUGUGUACCUCCGUGGAAACCCAGAUACAAGCUCCAAGGUUUGCUGAUGUGUUCAUCCUGGUGGACAGCACAGCUGAGAUGGGAAAGGUGAGAAUCCUCCUGAACCGAACAGUCAACCAGUUGAAUGUUGGCAGUGAGGCACAUCGGAUCGGCUUGGCCCAGUUCGGCUCUGACACUAAGGUGGAGUUCCUGCUGAACAAGUAUCGGACCAAAGACGAAGUCCUGCUUCAUUUGAAGAACCAGUUCCGACUGCGGCCUGGGAAGGACCGUCAGUUAGGGCGGGCCCUGGAACAUGCUCGUGUCAAUUUCUUCAACGCAGCUGCUGGCAGCCGGAUUGCUGAAGGUUUCCCGCAGUUCCUGCUGGUCAUCACCGCUGGGCAGUCACAGGACAGUGUGAUAAGGGCCGCACGGUCGAUCAAGACUGAGGGGGUGACCGUCAUCUCCAUUGGACUGCCUAAAACCAACAGACAGGAGCUGGAACUCAUUGCCACAUCACCCUAUGUGUUCCAGACUUCACCACAGAGCAUUGCAUUGAUACCUCAGGAGGUGAAAGGUAUCAUUGAAUCUAAGGAAGCCCACUUGGGACUGGCAACAGGGCCUUCAGAUUGCAGGUCAGCCAGAAUGGCUGACAUUGUUUUCAUUGUGGAGCAAUCUGGCAGCAAGGCUAAUUUCCAGCAAGUGCGCAACUUCAUCUCCCGCAUUGUAGAUGGCCUCGAUGUUAGCUUCAAGAAAGUGAGGGUGGGUAUCGUAUUGUACAGCAGUGCUCCAAAAGCAAUGGUCUACCUGAACAGCAUUAAGGAGAAGGCUGAUGUCCUGCAGUUCAUUAACAUCCUGCCAUACCAAGAGGGGAGAACUAAGACUGGCGCUGCCUUGAACUUUACCCGUGAAAACAUGUUCAGCAAGAGUGCGGGGGGCCGGAAGGACCAGGGGGUGCAGCAGCUGGCCAUCGUCAUCACCAGCAGGAAGUCCCGGGAUGAUGUUGGAACAGCUGCAGUGGCACUGCGCCGCACAGGGGUCACUGUAUAUACUGUCGGGGUGAAGGAUGCUGACCAGAAGGAACUGAACCAGAUCGCCUCCCAUCCAGCCAGGAAGCACGUCUUCAAGGCUGACAGCCUCACUCAACUGGAGAAGAGCCUUCAGAAGCUUUUGUGUAACAACAUCCUUCAAAGAGCCUUUGCUGUUCCUGUCAGAAGCUUCAAUCUGAAAACAGGCUGUGUUCAGACGGAGCAAGCAGACUUUUACUUCUUGAUUGACCACUCUGGGAGCAUCUAUCCAAGUGACUUCCAGGACAUGAAAAAGUUCAUCCUAGAGUUUCUGCACAUGUUCAGGAUUGGGCCAAACCAGGUUCGGGUAGGAGUAGUGAAAUUUGCAGAUUACCCUACACUGGAAUUUCGUCUGACAGAGCACACCAGCAGCAGUUCGUUGGAGAGAGCUGUUGAAAAUAUCCUUCAGGUGGGUGGGGGUACAGAGAUUGGGCGAGCACUGACCUUCAUGGGUCCACUGUUCAAGGAUGCCUCCAAGACCCGGGGCGAAAAGGUGCCCGAGUUUCUCAUCGUCAUCACUGAUGGGAAGUCCACUGACAGGGUUGAGCAGCCAGCAAAAGAGCUGCGUGAUCAGGGUGUUAUCAUCUAUGCCAUUGGGGUGAGGGGUGCUGACGAGGCUGAGCUGCUGGAGAUUGCUGGCUCUCCAGACAGGGAGUUCUUUGUCAAUGACUUUGAUGCUCUGAAGCCCAUCAAAGAUGAAAUUGUCACAGACAUCUGCUCUGAGGAGGUUUGCAAAGAUAUGGAGGGAGAUCUCCUGUUCUUGAUUGAUGGUUCAAGUAGCAUCAGCCCCUCUGAUUUCAACCACAUGAAGCAGUUUAUGAUGUCUAUAGUUGACAAGUCUGUAGUAGGUCUGGACAAGCUCCAUGUUGGUGUCUUGCAGUUUAGCAUAAAACAGCAAGAGGAAUUUCCCCUGAACAAGUUCUAUGAUAAAGGGAGCAUUGAUCAGGCUAUCAGCUCCAUUCAGCAGUUGGAUGGAGGGACUCUCACAGGAACUGCUCUGUCCUUUGCCUCAAAGUACUUUGACUCACCCAAAGGAGGGCGUUUGAAUGUUAGGCAGUUCUUGAUUGUGAUCACUGAUGGCGAGGCCCAAGAUGAAGUGGCCAAGCCAGCUGAAGAGCUGAGAAACAAAGGUGUGAUCAUCUACUCAAUUGGAGUUCUCAAUGCCAACAACUCCCAGUUGCUGGAGAUCAGCGGGUCCCAGGAAAGGGUCUUCACUGAGAGGGACUUUGAUGCCCUCCAACAUUUAGAAAAAAUAAUUCUCUUUAAGCUGUGCCACCCUGAGGCCGACUGCAAGAAGACAGAGAUUGCAGACAUGAUCUUUCUAGUGGAUGGUUCAAGCAGCAUCCAGCCAAGUGAUUUCCAGAGCAUGAUAAAAUUCAUGACAUCAGUGGUCAACAACACAGAUGUUGGGGAAAACCGUACCAGGUUUGGAGCUAUCUUGUACUCGGACGCACCCAAAACCAGUUUUACAUUGAACCAGUACUACACCAAGAGAGAAGUUCGAGGAGCUGUUGCUGCCCUGGAACCGCCUGGCGGUAAUACCUACACAGCCUUGGGCCUGCAGUACUCGCUGGCCUUCUUUGAACCACAGUACGGUGGCCGUGCUGCUGAAAAGGUUCCUCAGAUCCUGAUGGUGAUCACAGAUGGGGAGGCCACAGAUGCAGUGGCCCUUCCGGUGUGGUCCAGGGCAGUGAGGGAGAAGGGCAUCAAGAUUUAUGGCGUCGGAGUGGGGGGUGCUGACAAGAAGGAACUGGAAGUCAUGACAGGGGAUCCAACAAAGGUGUUCUACGUGGACAGCUAUCAAGCCCUGGAAGUGCUCUACAAAAACCUCUCCAAUGUGCUGUGUGUUGAAACGAAACCAGUGUGUGUCAAGCAGAAGGCUGAUCUGGUUGUACUUAUGGAUGGAUCCAGCAGCAUUGGGGAAGUGGAAUUUAAGAUGAUGAAGAAGUUUGUGUCAGACCUGACUGGCAGUUUCCAAGUAAGCCAGGAACAUGUGAGGGUGGGGAUGGCCCAGUUCAGCACGGACCCCCAUAAAAACUUUUAUCUUAACAAGUAUGACAACAUAAGUGACGUCAAGGACAAUAUCCUGGCCAUUGAGCAGAUUGGCGGGGGCACGUACAUCGGCAAAGCUCUGUACUUCAUCCAGCAGUUCUUUCAAGCCUCCACUGGCAGCCGGAUUGCCCAGAAAGUCUCUCAGAACUUGGUGGUGAUCACAGAUGGGGAAUCCCAAGAUGAUGUGGAGCAUUCAGCCGAGGUGUUAAGGUCCAUGGGCAUAAAUGUGUUUGUCAUCGGCGUGGGUCGGAUCCAUGCUUUCGAGCUGCUGCAAAUCGCUGGGUCCCAGGAUAGGUUCUUCACUGCCCAAAACUUUGCCGGUUUGGAGAAGAUCAAGGACAAUGUGGUGGACACCAUAUGCAAUCCACCCCGUGACCGCCCAGAUGUUUGCUCUGUGGACAUUGGAAUUGGAUUUGACAUCUCCCGGAGGCCGCGAGCUGAUCUGCUCUUCAAUGGUCAGCAGAAGUUGAAGGCAUACCUGCCUGACAUCAUCCGUUAUUCAUCCUCCCUGGAUGAACUCUGCUGCACUGAAGGCAAAAUCAUCAAGCCCAACAUUGGCUUCCUGGUGGCUGGCGAAGAUGGGAGGGUCAUUAAUGAUUACGAGUUUGAAUGGUAUAAUGAGCAGGUGGUUCAGAAGGUGAUGGCCCUGCAGACCUCUGAGCCAACCUUCUUUAAUGUGCAGCUGCUGCAAGCCUUCUCUACAAAGUUCCAAAAACAGUCCCGUGCCGGAGUGAAGAUCAUGAUAAUAUUCACAGAUGGAUUUGAUGACAUCAUUGAAAAGCUAGAGGCAGAAUCAGACCGCCUCAGAAGAGAAGGAAUUCAAGCAUUGCUGUUAGUGGGUCUGGAGGGUGUCCGGAACCCCAGCGAUCUUCAGAUGGUUGAAUUUGGAAGAGGUUUUGGCUACAAGCAGCCCCUGUCCAUUGGCAUGCAGAAUGUUGCCAGUGUCAUGUUAAAGCAAAUCGACACUGUGGUAGGACGGGAAUGCUGUGGGGUGAUGUGUAAGUGUUCUGGUCAGGAGGGGGUCCGUGGUCCCAGGGGGGUGCCAGGGGGAAAGGGUCUUUCAGGUCUAAAGGGUCACCCUGGAUUCCCAGGAGAAGAAGGGGGGAUUGGGGGGAGAGGUCCACCAGGAUUGAAUGGAACACAAGGGUUACAGGGCUGUUCUGGGAAAAGAGGAAUCAAGGGAUCAAGAGGCUACAGGGGCAAUAGAGGAGAAGAUGGAGAUCAUGGACUGGAUGGGGUCCAUGGAGAGCAGGGUUUGACUGGAUCGCCAGGUGCCUCAGGAGAGAGAGGAAGUCCAGGCAGCCCAGGCCGUAGGGGCAUCCGAGGAGAAUCAGGGGUCAGAGGUCAGCCUGGUCUGAGAGGUGACCCUGGGGAGCCUGGUGAAGAUAACACAGUCCCUGGUCCGAGGGGUGAAAAUGGAAACCCAGGCAUGCAGGGAGAUGCAGGAGAGGAUGGCCCUCCUGGAGAAAAUGGUAUUCCAGGACAUGGAGGUGCUCAGGGUAGAAGAGGUCCACCUGGAGAUAAGGGGAAGAAGGGAGAGCUUGGAGAGCUGGGGUCUAAAGGGAGCCCUGGACCCAGUGGUCCACAGGGCGUGAGAGGACCCAGGGGUCCACUUGGACCAUUCGGAACUCCAGGUCUUCCUGGGCCACAGGGGACACAUGGUCCAGCAGGUGACAAAGGAUUGCCUGGAAGUCCUGGUUUCAAAGGACAAAAGGGCCAGCCAGGAGACAUUGGAGAGAAAGGACCAGUCGGACCCUUGGGACCAAGAGGGAUGCCGGGCCUUGAUGGCAGAGAUGGCUAUGGUUUGCCUGGACCCAAAGGACUGAAGGGAGAACCAGGCUUCCCAGGUUACCCAGGACUCCAGGGAGAGGAUGGAUUCCGUGGGGGAAAUGGAGGUCAAGGUCCCAAAGGAAACCGUGGCAGAGGGGGGAACUCAGGCAGGCCAGGUGAACCAGGAGAACUUGGAGCUUCAGGGCUUCCAGGACACCCGGGGCCCAGAGGACCAGCUGGAACCAGAUCAAUGUCUGCCUGUGAGCUGGUAAAUUAUGUCAGGGAAAACUGUGUUUGCUCCCUUGGUCGGACAGAAUGUCCGGCUUACCCAACAGAGCUGGUGAUUGCCCUGGACAUGUCAGAAGAUGUGUCUCCCCCGAUCUUUGAAAGAAUGCGCAGAGUGGUCCUCACCCUGCUAGAGGACAUGUCGAUUGCUGAGAGUAACUGCCCCACAGGGGCCCGUGUAGCCGUCCUGUCCUACAGCUCCAACACCAAGUACCUUAUCCGCUUCUCUGACUACCACCGCAAGCACCACCUCAUGGAGGCAGUGAAAAACAUCCCCCUGGAGAGGACCUCUAACCGCAGAAACAUUGGGGCAGCCAUGAGGUUCGUGGCCCGGAACGUGUUCAAGCGGGUCCGCCAAGGGGUGCUGAUGAGGAAGGUAGCGGUCUUCUUCACCAACGGGCCGUCUCAGGACAUGGCUGCAAUCACCACAGCAGUGCUGGAGUUCAAGGCCCUCGACAUCACCCCCGCAGUCCUCGCUUUCAGAAACCCUCCCAAUGUCCGCCGUGCUUUUGAGGCUGAUGAAACCAGGAGCUUUUUGCUCACUGUCAUGAGGAGACCACAGGAUCUGGGUUCUGACCUGAGGCAGGUGCAGCAGUGUGUCAUCUGCUACGACCCUUGCAGCCCUGCUGAGGCCUGCAUGGGCAUCAACUUGGUACCGGUGCCUCAGGAGUUGGACAUAGACCUGGCAUUGGUGGUGGACAGCUCUCGCAACAUGCAGGCGGACCAGUAUGGGGACAUAAAGCAGCUGCUGGGCACUGUGCUGGACCAGAUUGUGGUUAGCACUCAGCCUGGUGGGCCCAACAAGAAAGCCAGGGUAGCGCUGGUGCAGCACAGCACAUCCAGCUACCCCCCCAGGGAAGGCCAGGUGCCAGUAAAGGUGGAGUUUGACCUCUUGGGCUACAAGGACCGCAACAAAAUGAAGACACAUAUCUUCCAGGCUAUGCAACAGAUCGGGGGUGCUUCAGGGCUAGGCCAUGCCAUAGAGUGGACCAUACAGAACAUCAUGCUGAAGGCUGCCAAUCCUCGCACAACCAUGAUGGUCUUAGCCAUCAUUGGAGGGGAGACCAGCCACUGGGACACAGCUAAGCUGCACACCAUAGCCCAGCAAGCUAAGUGUCGGGGUGUGGUGGUUUUCAUCCUCACUGUUGGUGAUGAAUUGAACUACGCACAAGUUGAGGAGCUAGCAAGCUUCCCGCUGGAGCAGCACAUAGUCCACCUGGGUCACAUGAAGCACGGUGAACAAGAGUAUGCUCAAAGAUUCCUCAGAAGCUUCCUGCACAUGUUGAGAAGAGGAAUAAAUACAUAUCCCACAGCCACCCUUAAAAAGCAAUGUGAGAAUGUACCGCUGCUGACUGGCCAGGGAGAAGCACUGGAAGGCCAGGCCAUUGACAGGGUCCCAGCACCCAGUAUUCUUGUCCUAGAGGAAGACGAGGUGGAGUACAUCGAUCGGACAGAGGAACCACAAGUGCACUUCACUCCCACCAUUGUGGAGGAAUUUGAAAGCCAGCCAAGCCCAGGACGCGGAGAUGAGAAUGGGUUCUCCACACGCUUUGGGAGUGAACAAGUUUUGCUUUCAGCCCAGUGUGACUUGGACAUGGACGGUGGUACCUACUGUGGGGACUAUGUGCAAAGAUGGUACUUUAAUAAAGCGAUCAGUGCAUGCUCGCCCUUCUGGUACGGCGGUUGUGGCGGUAACAACAACAGGUUUAAUACGGAAGACGAAUGUUUCCACACGUGUGGCUCUUACAUUCCAGCUGUACUCCAGGGGACUGAAGAUGUAGGACAACUAAGUAGUAGUAGUAGUAAAGCUGUGUGUUCUCUACAGCAGGAUGAAGGCAGCUGUGGAAACUACACCCUCAAAUGGUACUUCGACGUGAAGCAGAAUGAGUGCUCCCGCUUCUGGUAUGGCGGGUGUGGUGGGAACGACAAUAGGUUUGAAACUCAAGAGGCGUGUGAGGUACUCUGUCUGAGAGUACGAUAAGGAAGACCCCAGAAUCAGUUAACUUUAGCCUAUUAAAUUACACCCCAAUGUUUUAUGUUUACAGAUGUGAUCAGAAAAUCUGGUAUUUCAUAUAUUAAUAAUUAUGAUUAAAGGUCCAGGCAACUGGAUUCAAAUUGUGGUUAUAUUCCCCAGGAGUGACAAUUAAUUGUCAUCUUAAUAUUUCUUUCAAGAUUUUAACCCAGUUAUAACUAUUAAAUUGUAAUGAACACUAUUAGAUUAUUGAGACCUGUUCAGCAGACAAGGACAGAGUAGGCAUGUAUCCUGCACUCAUUAACAUUCAUAUCCAUAAGACAGGUCAUAUGUGUAAACCAUACCUUGCUAGCUAGGUUAGAGCCAGUUGUAGCAGUAGCCUCACACAACCAGACAAAAUGAAAGAAAGCCGCAUAAACUAGGCUUUAGCGUGAGAGUACUGGGUUCGCGUAAUAGAUAUUGGCAAAAAUGUCCUUGUUAACCUUCAGGGGUUAUUUUUUUUAAGUACUUCUGCAUUUUUUUUCUGUGCCUUCAAAUGUGUUAGGAUUCGCCCAGCACUAGCAUUAGCUAUGGGGACAUGUAUCAACCACCGUAGAGAUUAAUGGAACUUGUCGUUACUUUAGAUCAUAUUAUAGAAGUCCUAUCUUGCAUAUUUGAGGUUAAUAUGAGAAAGGGUUGUCCCUAUCACCAUUUAUAGCAAUCCGUAUAUAUUCACAGUUGUAACUCAAGUCGCAGGAAGCAGAAUACCCGUUAGGAAAGCAGUUGGCAACUGUGAAGUGACGUUUGCCCCAUUGCACUUAAUGGGCAUGAUUAAGGAAUUCCAAACGUGUUCCUAAUCUAAUAGUUGACAUUGUAAAAGAGGCCAUAUUAAUAUAACAAAAUGAAUAUGUAUGAAGUAGUUUUUUUCAUUUAGAUAGUUUAUUAUGUGUAUUUUUACUGGAUUUGCAUAAUAGGUAAUGGCAUCCAGUCCUCUUGAAUAAAUAUGAAAUAAAUAUGUUAGCGUUUCAGGUGCUGGAUACAACUUAGCUUGCCUUACCCACACAGAAGUGGCAAGAGCAUCAUUUACAUAUCACAUGCAGAUAUAUAAAUAAGUUUUUGCUAUGUAAAAAUGUCCAGUUAACCCCGCCCACUGAAAACCUGGCAUUUGGCAAAAGGGAAAGCAAGCCAAUUUCGGCAUGGGCUUUUAUUUGUUUUCUUUUUUUUAAAAAUCAUUUAAAAAUAUUUCUUGGCUGUUUGUGAAUACGGAAAAAGUAUUAAAACAGCAUGUCAGCAAAGAAUUCAUAGAUUUCAGUUUCUUGGACCUUUAAGACAUAGUACUGUGGAAGAAGACAGUUAAUUGGUAAAAGGAGAUGUUUUGCUUUAUUAUGGUUGUUGUUUUAUUUUGUUGAAGCCACGGUACAGUAUAUAAUUAUGAAAUAUUAAAAUCCCUGUCAAUAUAAGUACAAAGAACCAAUAUUGCUACUUGACUACCUUUUGAUUACAAUCAAUGUUAUACACUGAGACAAUCCUUUGUGUCUGAAUGUUAUUAUGGGCUGUUAUGCUGUCUGAAAUUAUCUGAAACUGUGUGAAAUUAUCAAAUGGAAAAGUGCACUGCUCCAGUGGGUACUUCUACACUGAUUGUUUAAAACUUCACGGAAUAUGAGAAACUAACUGCCUGUUGAAACCUACUGUUGGCUGUCUGUUUUCAUGAGUGUAAAUAUGUCCCUAUUUUAGGGACAUUGUCUGGUAUCAGGGAUAUAUUUAUAAAAAGAUAACCAUUUGGAUCAUUUACAUUUUCCAUUUAUUGUUUAACUAUCCAGCGGUGGCCUUUGAGUUUCUUACUAUUAGAAAUCGCAAUCUUCGUCUUUGGUGCUAAAAUUGGACAGAAAAAGGACGCGAAGUAUGUAAUGUUCAUCAGUAUGUAAAGUAAUGGCCAUGAGCUUUUGAAUGUUUUCAAUAGUUCACAAUUCUACAGCAUUAGUAAUUCAGCCUAUAUUUUUGCACAAAUAAUUUAAUGUGAGGUAAUCCCACAUUCGGCCAUAAACCAUGAGUCAAUAUAUUCCUGUGAGUUCCUGUCAUGUAAUGUUAUUCAUUCAACCAUUCAAUCAUCUACUGUACAAAUUAUCUUUCUUGCUUAAUAUUCAGAAAUAUAACCAUCAGCUCUGGCAUUUAUGUUGUAAAAUAAAUUGCAGGUGAAGUAUGCUUGGAUACAGGAGUGAAACAUUGGAAACAUUCUUUAAUCUCAGAAAGCUAAAGGAAACCCCUAAUCUUGUGGAUUUUAGCAGCACAGUUUUCAGUCCUAAAUGCAUUCAUUACAUGCACAAUAAACUUAAAACUUACAGACCAUACCGA